AUGCCAGCACCAUCUCAGCUCUCGAUUGCGACCUCCGCGCUCAAUCGCCUCGUCAAGGAAAAAGCUUCAUACCACAAGGAAUUCGAGCAGCAGCAAGCGACAAUUGCCAAGCUCGAGGCUGAGCAGAGCACAAGCGAAGACGAGAAUGCCGAAUAUACGUUGAGACAGGAGCGCAAAGCACUGGAAGAGACCAAGGCCAUGUUCCCUCAGCUCAAAACCAAAAUCGAGGACACGAAAGCAAAACUCGAAUCUCAGCUUGUGAGUUUCCUCGUGCAUACUCAAGCAAUGCAAUCUUUUUGUACAGCGUGA